CCUGCGUGCCGCAAGUAGGGACGGUGGCUGUUUUGCAGUUUCGGCGGAACGAAAAGGACGCGCCAGCCUUCCGGGUCACUGCUGUCGGGAGGGCCGCGCGGUGUCGGGCCCGACGGCGUCUCCCUACCCGCUCGCCCAGUCUGCGGGAGACGGCCGCCCGCGCCUCUUGUGCGACGCUCCCCGGCCCGAGCGCCGGAGGCCGAGUCCCGCGGCCUUGCGGGGUCCGCGGCCGGCGGCGAAUGGGCGGCCGGGGCCUCAGGCCUGCUGUCCAGGGGCGUGAGCGCAGCACGAGCACGGGAUCCUGUUGCUUCGCUGCAAACCCUGCGGGAAGUGUCCUAGGCUGCUCCUUGCUCAACGGGAGACCUGCGCUCUCAGCAUAAACGAUUCAUCUUUUCCAUUUUUUAAAAUCUACUGAAGCGUAACCCAUACGGAAAAUCACUCGGAUCACAGGGCCGGCUGCUGGCGGGAUGGACACCCCAGAGGAGGAGAUCUGGGCCAGCGGGCCCCCGCCCCCGGCGCCCAACAUCAGUGUGCCGCACCGCUGCCUGCUGCUUCUCUACGAGGACAUCGGCACCUCUAGGGUCCGGUACUGGGACCUCUUGCUGCUCGUCCCCAACGUGCUCUUCUUCAUCUUCCUGCUCUGGAAGCUUCCAUUUGCUCGGGCCAAGAUUCGAGUCACCUCCAGCCCCAUUUUUAUCACCUUCUAUAUCCUGGUGUUCGUGGUGGCGCUGGUGGGCAUCGCCCGGGCCGUGGUGUCCAUGACGGUCAGCACCUCAGAUGCUGCGACUGUCGCUGAUAAGAUCCUGUGGGAGAUGACCCGCUUCUUCCUGCUGGCCAUCGAGCUGAGCGUGGUCAUCCUGGGCCUCGCCUUUGGUCACCUGGAGAGCAAGUCGAGCAUCAAGCGGGUGCUGGCCAUCACCACGGUGCUGGCCCUGGCCUACUCCGUCACCCAGGGCACGCUGGAGAUCCUGUACCCGGAUGCCCACCUCUCGGCUGAGGACUUCAACAUCUACGGGCACGGGGGUCGCCAGUUCUGGCUGGUCAGCUCCUGCUUCUUCUUCCUGGUCUACUCUCUGGUGGUCGUGCUCCCCAAGACCCCGCUGAAGGAGCGCAUCUCCCUGCCCUCACGGAGGAGCUUCUACGUGUACUCGGGCAUCCUGGCGCUGCUCAACCUGCUGCAGGGGCUGGGGAGCGCGCUGCUGUGCGCGGAUGUCAUCGAGGGGCUCUGCUGCGUGGAUGCCACCACCUUCCUCUACUUCAGCUUCUUCGCGCCCCUCAUCUACGUGGCCUUCCUGCGGGGCUUCUUCGGCUCGGAGCCCAAGAUCCUCUUCUCCUACAAAUGCCAAGUGGACGAGCCCGAGGAGCCGGACGUGCACCUGCCCCAGCCCUGUGCGGUGGCCCGGCGGGAGGGCCUGGGGGCAGCGGUGGCCGCCAGCACGCGGCUCGACUCGGCCGGGGGGACGGCCUACCUGGGCGAUGUGGCUUCCAUGCCUUGCCACACGGGCAGCAUCGACAGCACUGACAGUGAGCGCUGGAAGGCCAUCAACGGCUAGCCUGCGCCCCCAGGGCUGGAAUGAGCGUCGUCAUCCUCCGCCCCCCCCCCACCCCGCGCCCCCCAAAGCCCGCUCUGGCGGAUGGGCUGAAGCGUGUAUAUUUUCUGGAUCUGUUUUCUAAUAAAAAGGAAAAGGAGCAGAA